CCUCUAUAGUAUCUUGCUACAUAGUGGCUGGAUAUAAUAUAAAUAACAAUAUCAAUCCAACACUUACGGUACGAAAACGUCCGAUUUCCCAGCCCAGUAUCCCUGACAACUACUCGACACAAUGCGGCUGAUAGGAUUCCCCUUCCACCUUCUACCAUGGCUCAUUUUGCUGUCCGGUUGCACGGCGGAAGACGAACCUGUUCUGCCUGGUUUCAAGGACCCAGCCAAUGAUUACCGACCCAAGUUUCGAUACUGGCUGCCAGAUGCCAGUGUCCCGGCGGAAUCCGUAGUGCAUGAUGUUGAGGCUAUCAGCGCUGUAGGUGCUGGAGGCUUAGAGUUCCUUCCAUUUUAUGGGUACGGUACCAUCGCGCCGGAAUCCAUUCCCACCGACUGGCAUACCUAUGGCUUUGGCACAGACGCCUUCAAGAAGCUGUUCAUAUCGGCCUUGAGUGCUUCUAACGAAGCCAAACUCCGGUUUGACUUUGCUGUGGGGGCUAGUCAGGGACAAGGCGUUCCAGCGGAGCCAGGAUCGGACGGUCUGGCUGUGGAGUUGACAUAUGGAACAGUCUCCAUUAACGGGGGUGAUGUUUUUCGAGGUUCCUUGCCGGGACCCCAGCUUAACUAUAACUACUUGCCCGGUUUCAUGAAUCCACCUGGAAGCUGGGGAGCUAACGAGCUAAUUGCGGUUGUCGCUGCCGGUAUCAGGUUUGCUAACCACUUUCCAGGAAACACCCUCCAAGCCGUCAUUGAUGAGUCCACUCUUUCCGAUUUAACAGCUUCAGUCGUCAAUAAUUCAUUGGAAUGGACCGCUCCGAGCCAGUACUCGAGUUACACACUGUUUGCAUUCUACCAACGACACUCCAACCAGAGAUCUGUCACCACGAACCCCAACGCUGAGACCGUAAUUGCCAACGGUUCCUGGGUUGUCGACCACUUCAGUGCUAGUGGCGCUCAAAAGACAACCGACUUCUUGGAUCAACAUUUGUUGGAUGAUCCAUCUACCAAGGACCUGUUGAGGGCCACUGGAGAAUACUCCUGGGAAGACAGUAACGAGUUUCAGUCCGCACUUUAUUGGACUAAAGAUUUCGUCAAGCGGUUCGAGGCCAAUCGAGGAUACAGCCCUAAUAAGUAUCUUCCAAUAUACUUCAACGUCGCCAACCAGUGGAACGCAUUGUGGCAACCCUACAACACUACCUACGUUCUAGAUUCGGGAGCGGCCGGCGGUGAGAAGUACCUGCAGGACUAUCGAUUAACCCUUGAUGAAGGUUACACGGAGUAUUUGACUCAUUUUCAGAAAUGGGCAACUUCGCUUGGCUUGAGUCAUUCAGCUCAGCCGGCCUACAACCUUCCUCUGGACGUGCCGAGACAUGUUCCUGAGGUCGCUGUGCCAGAGCUUGAGUCUCUCGGUUUCCCAACAAUCGACAGUGCGCUUCAUUUCGUAGGAGCCGCUCAUCUGAGCGGGCGCAACGUGAUCUCUACAGAAGUCGGGGCUGUGGCGUCGGGAUCAUACACACAAACCAUCCCUUCACUCGUUGCCCUUUUCAAGGAUUCUUUUGCAGCAGGCGUCAACAUGAUGGUCAUUCACGGUUACCCUUACAGCGGAGAAUACAUCAACACAACAUGGCCGGGCUAUGACCCAUUCGUCUACGCAUACACUGAAUGCUGGAACGAACGGCAGCCGGCAUGGCGGCACAUGAACGACAGUCUUGCUUAUGCUGCAAGAAACUCCCUCGUAUUGCAGACUGGAGUUCCGCGAGUCGACUUGGCAUUCUACACUUUUGCACAGCAUGAGCUUGAUGCAGUGGAAACAUCGCGUGGGGAUGAUCAGCGGGCAGCUGGCUAUUCAUACGAGUAUUUGGGCCCUAUGAACCUGGUCUCAGAGGACGCAGUAGUAAGGGACAAAACAUUGGCGCCGGACGGUCCCGCAUAUCGCGCACUCGUUAUUAACAACGAGACCUACAUCACUGCGGCCCUGUCAGCCAAGCUCCUCGACUUUGCAGCCGGUGGUCUUCCAAUCUUCAUCAUCGGAAAUGUCCCCAACAUCACCAUUGGCACCAAGGACCAGGCAAAUGUGUCUUCCAACAUGCAGACUCUUCUCUCGGACUACCCAAGUGUGCAGCGCCUGAAUAACAUCAGCGCUCUGACACAGGCUCUGCAAACCAACCAAGUCAAACCUCGGGCUUCAAUCUUGAACGACAGUGCUUCCGGUAAAUUUUACACCUUCUGGAGAAGCGAUACCGAGCGAGAUGUCGAACUUGUGUACCUCUACAACAGGGGCGCGGACGCCUCCGUCGAUUUCGCGUUUCAAGCAGCUAGCGAUAGCGUUCCUUACGUUCUUGACGCAUGGACUGGCGAGCAGAAUCCCCUACUUGUAUACGAGAAUCUUGAAGGCACUUUGGCUACGACGGUCUCUCUCAAAAGCAACCAAACAGCGAUCCUCGCUUUCUCGAAGAGCCAAACGCAGAACUUACAUGUUGUCUCGCACUCGGAAAACGUUGAGGAGUUUCAGCUCAAAGACAACGGCCAGAUUGAAGCUCUUGUCGAUAGUGGCACCGCAGAUGUCCUCCUAUCGAAUGGCGAUCGAAAGAUAAUUCCCGAGUCCGCAGCAGCCUCAUCAAAUCUAACACUUGAUAAAUGGAACCUCACGGUUGAAUCGUAUGGCCCAGCUUCCAACGAAUCAAGUUCUCGAACAAGCAUCACCACCAUUGACGCCGGCGAAUUGUCUUCGCUGCGCCCGUGGACGAACAUUCCUGGUCUGCAGAACGUAAGCGGCGUGGGUAUCUACACUUCCACUUUUGACCUGGACGAUGUCUCGGUCGGAAAUGAAACGGCCACGAAAAUCAGAUUUGGACCAGUGUUGAAUUCUCUGCGAGCCUGGGUCAACGGUGAGCUGCUCCCUCCUGUGGAUGUUAUCGACCCAGAACUUGAAAUUUCCCGCUGGGUAGUGUCGGGAAAGAACCAAAUCAAGAUUGAGACAUCUAGUACCUUGGUCAACGCCGUCAAGGCAAACAUCGGCACUGUGAGGAGUAUCGGCGUCCCACCAUCAAACACUCAGCCGUACGCCAAUUAUGUGGACUAUGGGUUGGUGGGUCCGGUAACGAUUAGAACGUUGAGGAAGGUCGUUGUUUCUUAGUGUGAGG